GAAAAGAAGUAGAAAGUAGAAAGUAGAAACCUGGAAUGGCUCACUCUUAACCAUUUACAGUAAUAAUAAAUGUGGGUAAACAAAAAUCACUUUCUCACACUUCGCAUGUCUUCCUUCCUCAAACCUCUUCUCUUCCAACACAGAUUCGAUUCCUCUCACGUAACAACCGCCAUUCUCUUCGUUGCUUCCCAAUCUCCUAAAUAAACAACGUUAAAAAAACUAAGUAAAAAAAAAAAAGAAAACACAACACACCAAUGUCCAACACAACGCAGCAACAGCAACAGCAACCACCCAGUUUCGAAUCCAAACGACUCGAUCCAGCCUCCAACGUCGCCGCCGCCGCCGCUUCCCGCCCCGGCCACCGGAGAUCGGUCUCCGCCGGAGCUCCGUUAAUCUACUCCGGCGGCGCCACCUUGCUCCCGAGCGGCAACAUUUGCCCGUCCGGGAAGAUCCUCAAACCGGUUCUGCCCUCGCGGGGACCGAACCGGACCGACGUGCUGGGCUCCGGCACCGUAAACUACGGCCGCGGCAGCAUAAUGCGCGGCGGAGGCGGCAAUCCGGUGGCCGCGGGCGCAUCGCCGCUUACGGUGAGGCGCGCGCUGAGCGGCUCCGAUCCCGAGGAGGCGCGGAGAUUGGGGAACGAGCUGUACAGAAGCGGCAGCUUCGCGGAGGCGCUGGCGCUGUACGAUCGCGCCGUCGCCAUCUCGCCGGGGAACGCCGCGUGCCAGAGCAACCGCGCGGCGGCGCUCACGGCUGUCGGGAGACUCGGCGAGGCCGCGAGGGAGUGCCUUGAGGCUGUGAAGUUGGAGCCUGCUUUUGCCAGAGCGCAUAAGAGACUUGCUUCACUUUAUCUUAGGUUUGGACAGGUUGAAAAUUCGCGGCGGCACUUGUGUCUCUCUGGGAUUCAAGAGGAUCAAUCUGAGGAGCAGAAGCUGUUGUUGUUGGAGAAGCAUUUGAACCGCUGUGCUGAUGCAAGAAAAUUUGGUGAUUGGAAGAGGGCGCUUAGGGAAUCAGAAUCAUCCAUUUCUGUUGGAUCAUAUUGUUCUCCUCAGAUUGUUGCUUGCAAGGCCGAAGCUUAUUUAAAACUGCAUCAACUUGAGGAUGCUGAAUCCAGUCUCUUGAACAUUCCGAAGUUGGAAGGCUGUCCUCCAGCAUGUUCUCAAACCAAGUUCUUUGGUAUGGUCGGUGAAGCCUAUGUUCCUUUUGUGUCCGCGCAGGUUGAGAUGGCCAUGGGAAGGUUUGAGAAUGCUGUUGCGGUGGCAGAAAAGGCUAGCCUGUUGGAUUAUAGUAACAUUGAAAUUAGUAGGAUUGUAAAUGUUGUGAAAAUGGUGGCAAGAACUCGUUUGAGAGGCAAUGAUCUUUUCAGUUCUGGCAAGUUUUCUGAAGCUUGUUCUGCUUAUGGAGAGGGCCUCAAGUAUGACAACUCCAAUUAUAUUCUAUAUUGCAAUAGGGCUAUUUGUUGGUCUAAACUUGGCCUGUGGGAACAAUCUGUUCAAGACUGCAACCAAGCCCUUAGCAUUCAACCAAAUUACACCAAGGCCCUUUUCCGCAGGGCUGCGUCAAAUGCAAAGCUUGAAAGAUGGGCAGAAGUUGUUAAAGAUUACCAGGUCUUAAAGCACGAACUCCCUAAUAACAAUGAAGUUGCUGAGUCUCUUCGUCAGGCUCAACUUGCAUUGGAAAAAUCUCGGCUAGUGGUAUAUGGUACUAAGUUUGGAGUUGAAGUUGAAGAAAUCUCUGCAUUAGAUAAAUUUAAAGCCGCGAUUGCUUCCGCUGGUGUUUCGGUAGUUUAUUUCAAAGAGGCAUCAAACGAACUAUGUGAGGAAUUAUCUCCAUUCAUAAAUACGUUGUGUGUUAGAUACCCCUCUGUUAAAUUUAUCAAGGUGGACGUGGAGGAGUGUCUAGUAAUAGCAAAAGCUGAAAGCAUAAGAAGUGUUCCAACUUUCAAAAUUUAUAAAAAAGGAGAGAAGGUGAAGGAGAUGAUCCGGCCAAACCAUCAAUUAUUAGAGGACUCAGUAAGGAAAAGUAGUAGUGUCUAGAUACUAGAAUUCAUCAUACUCAUUUAUUUGCAUUCACAUGCAACUAAAAAUCAUAGCAAUAUUGAAGAAGGUGCUCCAAGAAUGCACCAAGCCCUGUUUAGUUAAAUUAGGAAUUUCAGAUUUGCCUGUGAUACACACACAUGGAUACCAAAUUUCCGCCGUGGUUUUAGGCAGGAAAACCUCAGAGAUAGGUUUUAGAUAGCAUUUUGAAAGCAUAUAUGUAUAUCUUUUGGCCCAGCAUCUAAUGUGCUUGCUAUUUCCUUCUAUAUAUCAAGCCCUAAAGUGUUGUA